AUGGUCUCUUACGUCAUUCCCGAUACAGUUUCUCAACACAAACUGAUAGGGUACGUAGUGUUGUUUAAUACCGACAUCUCUGACGAAACGAUAAUCGAACCAACGUACGCUAAUGAAAGGGACCUAAUAUUGAGUGUACUUCACUUUCACCCAACCAAGCGUGAAAUUAACUCUUACAAGAAAAGACAUGUUAAAACAUACCCUUCACCGGCGGCAUCAACUCCUGUUCAAUCGUCUCCAAGACAACACGAAACGAUUCAGCAAAAAACUCCACAACAACUACAGCAAACAUCUCGCGAGCAAAGAGUUGAAUUCAUCAAUAAAUUAUUCCAAGACACUAUUGAACAUUUGGCGCUAAUUAAAAUACAGUCUCCAUUCACUCCGCUUAAUUUAAGUUACGUUGCAAAAACGCUAGUACAUCUCCAGAAGUUGGGUUUAAUGCCAAUAGCGGUUUUGGAUAAUGAAUAUUGGAAUACCCCUCAAAAUCAGCAAUAUGACAGACUUCGUGACCUAAUGAUUGCUGAGGCUCUUAACGUCACCGAAGCCAUUGAAUCAGCCGGCGGUCGAGCGGCACCCGUAUACACUGGUGUGUUUUCAACGGAAAACAAACUGAGCGAUUACGUCGUUCCCACUCCCGCCACAGAUGGCAAUCAUCAUAUCAAUGUAUGUUUAUCAUGGCUGAGGAAUUUGACGGAUCUAGGCCAGAUACCGUUAAUAUUACCGACUGCUACAAAUGAUUGUUCGACGCAAAGGACAAUAUCGUCUAAUUCUGGAAUGGUCGCCUUAUCAUAUGCCUUGGCCCAUUUGAAAGCAGAUGAGACAGAAUCAGAUACGGAAGGAUCUAAUGAAAAAAUGGCAUUUGAACCAACAAAGAUUGUAGUUAUUAAUUCAGAAGGCGGUAUUCCAUCACCUGAGAGGAAAGGAUCUCAUGUUUUUGUCAACAUUCAGUCGGAAUACGACGAUAUCAAAAAUAGCUAUCAAUUAAAUCCGCAGUGGUAUUCCACACAUCCAACGGGAUUGGAAAAUCUCGAAAUGAUUAAAAAAUGUCUGGAGCAUCUGCCAAUAACAUCCUCAGCAAUAAUGGUACCGGCUCAUUCCCCGACUGGCCUAAUAGCAAACUUAAUAACAGACAAGCCUCUCUUUUCUUCAUCACUUCCUAUUCGUUCUGCUUCUGCCCCACUAACGACGACUACGGUCCUCCGUCAUGGCUUAAAAGUAUCUUAUCACACCUCAUUUUCCACUCUCAAUAUCGACUCGAUGGUUAAACUCAUCGAGUCGUCGUUCGAGCGUCGUUUAGAUGUGGAUAAUUACUUAAAGAGGAUGGAAACUUGUAUCGAUAGCAUCAUUCUCGUUGGCGACUAUCAGGGUGCAGCGGUGAUUACUAAAGAGAACGAGGAUGGAGCGAGUAAAGGCAACAUUUCAUAUUUGGAUAAGUUUGUUGUAACGCCAGACAGUCAGGGAAUUGGUGUGGCUGAUAUAUUGUGGAAGCGGAUUGAAGUUAAUUAUCCAAGUAUUGUAUGGAGAGCGAGAGCAGACAACAAGAUUAACAAAUGGUACUUUGAACGAUCAACUGGUAAUAUGAGAGUACCAGGAACUAACUGGACAGUAUUUUGGUAUGGAAUGGAAGGAAUUGACAGGAUAAACGAUUAUAUUAAAGUAUGUCGGAAGAUUCCACCAUCACUGCAUUCGUGA